AACCAAUGGAAAAAAUUGAUUUGUGCAACGCUCUUUCUGAGAUAGAUGCUUUUCUCUACCUUUGCAAGCGCAUAAGAAAAAGGGAUCAAGAAGAAGACAAUGGAUUAUCAAGUAAGCAUAAGCAUAUCCCAUGACACAAUUUCCCACAUUGACCUACACUCCAUUCCUCUACAUGCCUCACUUGUUUUCCUUUCUGCAUGUACUACCAUCUAUGUCUCUUCCUCCUCCAUCAAACUCUACUAUCUAUCUCUAUCUUUUCCCCACUAAAAACCUCCAUACUUUCUAUGGCUCAAACACACCCUCCCUCUCCUACUCCGACCUCCACCAUACCUUGUCAUGAUCAUCAACCAGAUUCCAUUGAUUUCAAUAUCAUGGUGAUCAUGGCCGCCAUUAUAUGUGCAUUUGUUUGUGCUCUUGGCCUUAAUUCUACAUUACAAUGUGUUUUUCGAUGCGCUAAUCGAGUCUUCACAGAGCCAGUGGAAUGGGUGGCUUCCCGGAGGAUCAAUUCGGGACUAAAGAAAAGAGAAAUGGUUGCUUUGCCUACUUCAACGUAUGAGAAUUCAUCGCCGGCUGGGUCUCCAUCAUCAUCAGCUUCGGAAUGUGCUAUUUGUCUGGUGGACUUCUGUGAAGGGGACAAGAUACGGGUUCUGCCCAAAUGUAAACAUCGCUUUCAUGUUGUUUGCAUUGACACGUGGCUUCUCUCUCGCUCUUCUUGCCCUAAUUGCAGGAAUAGGCUCAAGUCUAAUGACUACUCCAAGCCCUCUCUAGAAGAGAUUCUCACUUCUUAGUUGGACAAGUUUACUUGUUUAGUGUAAUUCCUACUUUGUUCUAUUUUACGACUUCGCUAUCUGUUCUUAUAUAUAUAAGCUAUGUGUCAUUCUUUUAGUCGAGUAUUUAGUAGAGAAUUUUGGCAGCCUGAUAUCAUAUAUAAACAUAUUUUAGUGGCAAGCUGUACUUUUACUAAUUUAGGUUGCGCUUAUUCACCAAAUUAAAAAAAACAAAAAGGAAAAAAAAAAAAGAUUGUUCUUGCUUCUCUUCCUCUUUAUCUUUUGUUCUCCUUUAUAUUUUUUAUGAAAUAAAGUUAUCAAAAUUCGAUCUUAA